UAUUAUUAUUAACCAGGUACUAAAAACAUGCUCACGAACACUACACACACACAUUCCACUAAAACAAAUUUAUAAUAAGAAAUACAAAAACAAUUAACUUUGAAAGCCAAAGUGUAUUAUUUUCACAUCAAAGUAUCAAACCAAAAAAAACCAAAUCCCCCCCAUUGCUGACAAAGAUCGUAGCUUUGUGUAAUGGGUAUCUUCUCCAAUCUCCGAGGACCUAAGAUUGGAUCGACCCUUGAAGAAGAAUUGCCUGUUGUUGUAGCUAAUGGCUCUCCUUCUUCUUCUUCCUCUUUCAGGCGUAAAGUUUCGAGCUUUUUGCCAAUCUGUGUGGCUCUGGUUGUUCUCAUCGAGAUCGGGUUUCUGUCUCGCCUCGAUAACGCUACUUUGGUCGAUACCUUGACCGGUUUUUUCACCAAGUCGUCGUCCGGUUUGAAGGUUGGCUCUGGAAUUGAGCAGUGCGAGGAGUGGUUGGAGAGAGUGGAUUCAGUGACUUAUUCUAGAGAUUUCAGUAAAGAUCCCAUCUUUAUCUCUGGUACUGAUAAGGACUUUCAAUCGUGUUCUGUUCAUUGUGCAAUGGGAUUCAGUUCAGAUAAGAACCCCGAUGCGGCUUUUGGAUUAGGUCAUCAACAUGGAACACUCAGUAUAAUCCGUUCCAUGGAAUCAGCUCAGUACUACCAAGAGAAUGAUCUUGCUCAUGCACGACGGAAGGGUUAUGAUAUUGUGAUGACAACUAGUCUGUCAUCAGAUGUUCCUGUUGGGUACUUUUCAUGGGCGGAAUAUGAUAUUAUGGCUCCAGUGCAACCCAAGACUGAGAAAGCUCUUGCAGCAGCUUUUAUUUCCAACUGUGCGGCUCGUAACUUCAGGAUUCAAGCUCUUGAAGCCUUAAUGGCGGCGAAUGUUAACAUUGAUUCUUAUGGUGGUUGUCACCGGAACCGAGAUGGGAGAGUGGAGACGGUUGAAGCUCUUAAGCAUUACAAAUUCAGUCUAGCUUUUGAGAACACCAACGAGGAGGAUUAUGUCACAGAGAAGUUCUUCCAGUCUUUAGUCGCUGGAUCUGUCCCUGUGGUUGUUGGAGCUCCAAAUAUAGAAGAAUUUGCACCUUCUCCGGACUCGUUCCUUCACAUAAAGCAGAUGGAUGAUGUCAUGUCAGUUGCAAAGAAAAUGAAGUAUCUUGCGGAUAACACAGACGCCUAUAAUCAGACGCUAAGAUGGAAACACGAAGGCCCUUCAGAUUCUUUUAAGGCACUUGUUGAUAUGGCUGCUGUACACUCUUCUUGUCGUCUCUGCAUAUUCGUGGCUACAAAGAUCCGGGAGCAAGAAGAGAAGGGCCUUGAGUUUAAGAAACGACCUUGCAAAUGCACUAGAGGCUCAGUGACAGUUUACCAUUUGUAUGUUAGAGAAAGAGGCCGGUUUGAUAUGGAAUCCAUCUUCUUAAAGGAUGGGAAUCUGACUUUGGAAGCCCUGAAAUCUGCGAUUAUCGCAAAGUUCAAGUCUCAGAGACAUGAGCCAAUAUGGAAGAAGGAGAGACCCGCAGGCUUAAGAGGAGACGGUGAGCUUAGAGUACACGGGAUAUACCCGCUUGGUUUGACUCAAAGACAAGCCCUUUACAACUUCAAAUUCGAAGGAAACUCAAGUCUCAAUACUCACAUACAGAGUAACCCUUGUGCCAAAUUUGAAGUUGUCUUCGUUUAAAUUAUAUUCAUACCCCCACUUUAGAAUAAAACCAAAGUUUAUUUUCAUGUUUUGUGAUACCAGCUUUGAAUGUAGUUCGUCACACGGAGGAUUAGGGAAUGUGUACAUAUAUAUAAAUAAAACAGUUUUUUGCUUGUCU